AUGCAUUCUCUAUCAACUCUUUAUGGAAAUGCACCUCCAGAGCGAUCAAUUGUAUCUGCAGCUUCCUCGCCUCCAGGACCAGUAUUUAACUCCCCGAACCACCUUUUCAGGAAUAAUCAUUCGGCACAUCGUCGUCCUGGUGGAAGAAGGAAUGGCCCAACGGUAAGGACAGACUUGGAUAGGUUUCUGCCUUUGUCUUCGAGUCCUGAUGCUCUUCUGUUGUAUCAGCAAAACCCAUUAGGAGCUCCAUAUUUACAGAAAAAAGACAACAAAAGGAAUUGCUCAAACAAUGGUUUGGAUAAAGAUCCGUAUUACAAUUACGAUCGUUUACUAGAACAUGUCUUGGAAAUUGACAAGACAAGCCAUGUAUUUCGUUUCUCUCCAGAGACAUCUUCUCGUUCCAACAUUGUUCCAGUUACUUGGGAGCCAGAGAACUAUUCUCGCAAGAAGAAACAUAUUCCAGAUCAAAUCCUUCCUUUUCGGAUUCUCGAUGCUCCCGAGUUGCGAGACGAUUUUUAUACCACAUUACUUGCAUGGUCUCCACGCGGCGAGCUAGCUAUCGGUCUUGCCGAAAAUGUGUAUUUAUGGACCGAAGGAUUAGGACCUGUUGGUGUUUUGGAAACCAGCAUGUACGAUGUAAGUAGUCUUUCCUAUUCGUACGAUGGUACUAUUCUUGCCGUGGGACGAAUUGACGGAACCAUCCAGUUUUGGGGAAAAGGCGAAGUUCGGCCCAGAAUUACCAUUUACCAUCCGGGCGAUGUUGGCUGUAUGGCGUGGAACCCUUCGUCAGACAUGAAUCGUAUUUUAAUCGGAAAGGGAAAUGGUGAAGUCGUAAUUUACGACAUAUUCUGGUUUGAUUCCACAGUUAAGGCCACCAAAGUGGGAACUAUUUCUACUGCUCAUGAAGAGCAGGUUUGCGGGUUGGCUUGGAAUCAUGAUGGCUCUCAAUUUGCUACAGGAGGAAAUGAUAACAGAGUCUGCCUUUUCAAUUCUUCUGAAUGGGAGAAACCACUUUUUAUUUGGCAGCAUGAUGCUGCAGUCAAGGCAAUAUCUUUCUGCCCCUGGCAAAAAUCUUUACUUGCUACGGGAGCCGGCUCACACGACAAACAUGUUCGAUUUUAUAACUGCAACAGCGGGAAGAAAAUAUCUGAGCUCUACUGUGGUGCGCAGAUUACUUCAAUCCAUUGGUCUCCAAAUUAUAAAGAGUUUUGCGUAACUUUUGGCUAUUCCGUGGAAACCGUUCAACACCGACUUGCUAUUUAUAGCUGGCCUGAUCUGAAAUGUCUCGUUUCUGUUUUACCAUCCGUCUCUGACACUCGAUGUGUACAUUCUAUAUUGACUUGGACAUACGAUGAUGCACGAAAGAAGCAGGUUCCUGGUAAUAAUAUUGUCGUUGCAGGUAGUGAUGAGACGGUUAAGUUCUUUGAUUUAUCUGAAAACUGUUCCUGGCAUCACGAUCGAGUUUUAUCCUGGAAUGGUAUAUUUGAUUGUCAAAUUUUGGAAAUGCUGGAAGGCAUGGAUGGAACUUCUAAUUAUCAGAUACGCUGA